AGAAACAGUGAACCCUUCCGUUCCGUCAUCGUUCUAGCUAUAAUGGCUGCACAUCCGACAUCGGAGCCGGCCGUGAGUCUCCCGACGACCACGCAGGUUGCGGAGCCCUUAGGGGUAGUAAUAACUCUUCUGGUUCGGCAUCUACCCGACGGAAUCCCUCAUGAUAUCGUCUCUCGUCUCUUUUCUCAAUACGGAGCUUCUGCGGUUCGUCCUUGUUCCGGUGGAAGAUUGAGAAAUGCUGCUUUUGUGGAUUUCAAGAAUGAAGCUAUUGCUUCUCAAGCACAUCGUCAGUUAAACGGGCUGAGGUUUCUUGGCAAGGUUCUUCAAGUACAGAGAGCUACUACUAAUAAACCUAACGAGAACAAGAAGCCUCGUCUAAACGAAGAAUCUGGGAAAGACGGUCAGACAUUCUCAAACGUUAGCAGCAACAAUGAUUCUAAAUCCGGGCAGGGACUACUUGCUGGUGAACCGAUAGCUCCAAAACUUGGCAUUAACUAUCCAUUCCCUCCUCACUUACAAUAUGCUUACCCACCACCCGAUGCAAAUAUAUUAGCAAACAUUACUAAUGCCCUUAUCGCUGUCCCACCUUUAUACACCCAGGUGCUGCAUCUAAUGAACAAAAUGAAUCUUCCACCUCCUUUUCGCCUCGCCUUGCCCACACCACCUCUACCUAAAGCAGCCCAUCAACCAACUGAGGUUCAACAUCAUCAAUCUAGUAGCGAGUCAGAGAUGGAAUCUGAUGAGGAUACAGGUGGAUCAAAAUCAGGAAGGAAGCGUGCUAGACAUGAAACUCUUGUUGGUCCUGGUAUAGACAAGGAUGUGACACACGAGACUGUUGGAGUGAAGCCCUCGUCUCUGACUCCCAAAGAGAUGCCUCGGAUAAAAAAGAACAAACAUGUUUUGCAGAUCAAGAUUACCCAAAAAGUUACUCAAGAGGAACAACAUAAAGAGGAUAUUGAGCUUGAAGGCCCUGCAGAGGAGGAGCCAAGAGAAGAAGAUUUAAAUUUGAAACCGUUUGCAAGCUUAGAGGAGUUGGAGAAGGGAAGGUUACCUCCGCAGGAUAUUCUUUCAUUGCCUAUGUUCAAGAACUACACAGCUGGGAAUCCUUCGCUUGUGUUGUAUAUCAAAAAUCUUGCCAAAGACGUUAUAACUGAUGAUUUCUAUUACAUAUUUGGGUCACAAUUUGGAAGCAUCGAAGCAGCUAAAUCGAGUCUUGGUGUGAGGCUGAUGCAGGAAGGAAGGAUGAGAGGGCAAGCUUUUUUGACAUUUCCAUCAGUUGAAGUCGCACAUCGUGCGCUGAAUCUUGUAAAUGGUUUUGUGUUCAAAGGAAAACCGAUGAUUAUACAGUUUGGCAGGAAUCCUGGAUCAGCCAAGCCAAACGAAUGAUGGAUCUUCAUGUACUCAUUGAUUUGUAGUGGUACUUGAUUUGGAGUUGAGCUUGUUGUAGUCUUUAUGAUGAUCCUGAAAUGGCUGAGAGGGUUAAUAAGAAGCUGAUGGAGUUAGAGAGAAGCCAUGGAGGUGGUGACUAUGUGCUUAUGCCUAACAUCUGUUGUGGUACUGGAAGAUGUUCAAAUUGUCAAGAGUUCUAGCUAAACUUCCACACCAUUCAAAAUUCACAAAAGCUGCAACUUAGAAGAUUCUUUUUUCUUUUAUUUAAUUUUGUAAUUAAGACUCCAACCUUCAUCGUGGUGAUCAUAACGUUUUCUCAUGAGUCGUUAUCAUUAUUAACUGAAGUUAAGACU